AUGGAUCAUUUCUUUCGUUGCAACAGGAUCCUGAAGACUUUGCUGAGUUUAACCUUAAUCUUUGCCACUUUGUUGAUGAUCCAAAAGUUGAAAGUGGUGGACAACAGCAUGAAAGACCCGCGCUUUGAUAUGAAAACGAAAUGGUGGUGCGACUCGAUGCAGUGCAAGCUUUCCAAAAGUGAAAACGUUUCAGCAGCUCCGGUUAUCCAAAACGCACCGGCCGAGUGGAACAUCUCCGUUAUAAAGUGCGCUGAAAACCCGGGCGUGCGUAAUCAGCAGUGGUUCAGAACUUUAGAUCCGAGGUUCCACCAGUUCGUCCUGCACAGACACUGCAGAUAUUUCCCCAUGAUUAUUAACCAUCCUGAGAAAUGCUCUGGAGAUGUGGAUUUGCUCAUCGUUAUAAAGUCCGUCAUAGAGCAGCAUGACCGCCGUGAAGCAGUACGACUCACUUGGGGUAAAGAACAUUCAAUCAAUGGAAAAGUAGUAAAAACUCUGUUUCUUCUAGGCACUGCUGCACCUGGAAAAGACUCCAAAAACUUACAGAAGCUCCUGGAAUAUGAGGACAGACUCUAUGGGGAUAUCCUACAAUGGGACUUUAUGGACACCUUCUUAAACCUCACAUUAAAGGAGGUAAACUUCCUCAGGUGGUUCAACAUAUACUGCCCCACUGUGCCUUUUAUUUUUAAAGGUGAUGAUGAUGUGUUUAUGAACCCCACCAACCUACUGGAACUUAUAGAUUUUAGAACCCAAGAGGGUAAAGUAAAAGACCUCUUUGUAGGGGACACAAUUUCUAAAGCCGCCCCUAUUAGAAACCGCCAGAGCAAGUACUACAUCCCAAAAGAACUUUUUGAUGCACGCUAUCCACCUUAUGUUGGUGGUGGAGGAUUUGUCAUGUCUUCUGAACUUGCUCAAAGACUUUUUGUUGUUUCUGAGAGUGUAGCUCUGUUUCCUAUCGAUGAUGUGUUCCUGGGGAUGUGUCUUCAGAAAGUAGGGAUCACCCCAGAAAUGCACCCUGGUUUUAAAACAUUUGGAAUUAUUAAGCGCAGAGUGACCCCCAUGAACAGAGAGCCAUGCUUCUUUCGCCACCUUAUUGUGGUACACAAGCUGAGCCCUGAGGAACUGCUAAAUAUGUGGGACACGGUGCAUAAUGAAAAUCUUGCCUGUGCCAAAAAGAAAAUUUUGACUCCAAACACUGAUCCGUGACAUUAAAGCUCAUUUUUAGACAUAAAGCAUUUCAUGGACCUGAGUUAAGCACAUAAAAAGUAGUUUUUUUCUCUGCAAGGUAAAGCUACUGUCACUGUAAUAGUUUUUGUACGGAGUGCAAUGUGUGAAAAUGUUUGAUUUUACUAAAAGAUCUGUUCUAAAGAAUGUAGAGAUGCAGUGAUCCAAUACAGGGUUGAUAUCAGUACUAAUGGCCUAAACUCUUGACUGGAAUUAUAUUUAAUUGUUAUAAAAUUGCAGUGAAUUAUUGUCAUACAAUUUUAAUAGGGGAAACAAGUAUUCAACCACUUUUGUUUUUGUUAGUUAAUAUAUUUCUAGUGAAUAUA